CAUAUGUAACAUAUGUGUACAUUACACGUCCGCCAUUACUUUUCCUACAUUGGUUUCUUUUUCGAUCCAGUUUCUUCCAUUCUUACUUUUUUUUUCUCGUUUAUUUGAUUUCUUUUUGAAGGUUUAGUGGAAAGAUUGAUAGGUUUUUUGAUAAGGAAAGGGAGGGAAAAAAAAAAAAAAAGCAGAAUGGGGAGGUUGUUCGUAAUUACCCUUGAAGGAAGCGUUUAUAGCUGCAACCACUGCCAUACCCAUCUGGCUCUCCUCGACGACAUCAUUUCUAAGUCUUUCCACUGCAGGCAUGGAAAGGCUUAUCUCUUUGAUAAGGUCAGUGUGAAUAUCACAGUGGGAGAGAAAGAAGAACGCAUGAUGAUGACUGGAUUGCACACUGUUGUUGAUAUAUUCUGUGUUGGGUGUGGCUCAAUUGUGGGAUGGAAAUAUGAGUCUGCACAUGAAAAGACUCAGAAGUACAAAGAGGGAAAGUUCAUUCUUGAGAGGUUUAAGGUGUUGGGUCCUGAUGGAAGCAACUAUUUGGUGAAUCAUGAUGCUAUGGUUAGUGGAAGUGAUGCUGAUAAUGCUUGAUUACUUUGCAAUUCAGUUUUGGCAGUUUGCCAUUUGACCAAACGUCUUAAUUGUACAUCCUUUUAAUCUCAUGUGAUUGUUGGCCUUCCAUGGCCUCUUAAUAUGGAAAUAUUUUCUGUUACUGAACUUCCUUUGCAAUUGAUACUAGAAUGAUACCAUUCGUCAAA